GUAAAUUUGGGUUUCAGGUGUCGAGCUGAAAAGGGACUAACUGUUAUUGGCUAAAAAAUCCUUCACGCUGGCGGGAGGAGUCCUCCUUUGCCCUCUGCCUAUAGAAGUCUAUUGCAUAUUGACUUUCUGAAUAGUCGCUAGUGUGACUUUCCUGUAGCGCUCAUUCCCGACGCCCACAGGCAUCAGUACAAAGAAAAUCGGAUAACUUUUUAGGAGAAGCGCGCGCGUGCCAUGAAGUAAGAAGUUCGGUGUUUUUGGACAACUUUGUUUCCAGCCUCUAUUUUUUUCAUCAAUUUGCUAUCGAAUAUCUGUAUAUCUGUGGUAAAUCUAUAUCAGUUAUUACAAGCACAAAAGAGCUGAGGUAAACAGCUAUCAGGGGUGGUAUUUGCACGUGCGAGAUCUUUAUCGUUUAGGGCAUCGCUCGUGCGCUUCUUGCAAGUGAAGAGAUGUCACUGUGACUAGUCACGAGACACACGCGAAUUCUUUGCUCAUUAUUUUAUAGGCUAGGCUACUAUAUUAAUUUUGCGUUACAUUACAUAUCAGUGUUUUAUAUUUAGAAAGAUAAUAAGUUGACAAAUACUUGGAUAAAAGGCACACACGCCGGAUAAAUUUGGAAUAACUUGAAUUUUAUUUAAUAACCGCACAGGACAAUUUCAAUCCGCAUCACGCGGGAACGCUUCUACAGAUGGAGAUCCCGACGGAACCCCGGUGGAUGAUGCACGCUCAUCAUUCACCAUUAAUGGGUAACCCAGAUUCAGUGACUUCUCACACUGGUUUAGGACAUCAUGGUUCAGGAUAUAUAGAGCCCAGUGCCCCUUUAUUACCACCAGAUGAGGUGGAUGUAUUUCUCAGCCAUUUGGACUCUCAAGGAAACCACUAUUAUCACACACACGGACCCCACUCUCACACUCGUGCACGAAUGUCUUACAGUCAGACACAUGCUCGGCUUACUGGUGGCUCAAUGUGUCGACCCCACCUUAUCCAUACUCAAGGUCUUCCGAUACUGGAGAACAGCAAAUCGGCUCAACACCACAGCACAUGGGCCGUCGGACACCUGGGCAAAGCGGUUCUUCAUUCAUCGUGCCCUGAAAGGUCAACCGGCCUGUAUACUUCAAACGGUACGGCUCCGGGUUCAAUGCCUUGCCUGUCAAUGACGCAACACUGCAGCCCUCAAAUCUACUGCCUACCCCCUACUCCACCCAAGGACGCUUCCCCAGAACAUGCGUGCGCUGUAAGAGACACUGGAAAGUACAACCUGCAUUUCGUCGACGGGAUGAAGAUGGAGUGCUCGAGCCCAUUACGCAAUCUAGCGCAGACUACGACACAUAUACCCUCAUACCCCGAUUACGCGCUAUCUGGAGCGCACGAGUACUCCGGUCUGCUCAGGAGCUGUGCGGGCAACACCUUCUCUAAAUGCAAAAGCAAAAGCCGCGCUUUCUCAGGGCGUGAGUGUGUGAACUGUGGAGCUACAUCAACUCCUCUGUGGCGAAGGGAUGGAACGGGUCAUUAUCUGUGUAAUGCGUGCGGACUUUACCACAAGAUGAAUGGCCAGAACCGACCACUCAUCAGGCCCAAGCGCCGACUGUCCGCAUCUAGGCGAGCAGGCACCUGUUGUGCAAACUGCCAGACUGGCACCACCACACUUUGGAGACGUAAUGCCAAGGGGGAACCUGUUUGUAACGCCUGUGGUCUUUACUACAAACUACACAAUGUGAACCGCCCCCUAACUAUGAAGAAAGAUGGGAUUCAGACCCGCAAUAGGAAAAUGUCUAGCAGACCUAAGAAAAGAAGAGGGGAGUUUCAACAAUUUGACAGUUGUGUGCAAGAAAAACAAUCCUCUUUAAGCCAUGUGGUCAACAUCCCCCACCCCUUCAAUAUGACCCCGCCCAUACAAAUACAUCCUGCAUUUAGUCACACUAGUUUAGUCUCUGCCAUAGGCUAAAAGAAAGAUACUAUACAACAUCAUACUAAAUAUAAAAUUAA